AUGCUUUCACAGGGCUCAAUUCCAGAAGUAAAGGAAGACAGCGUUGGACAUGCUUUGGAGGAAAGAAAAUCGAAACUGAUGCAGUUCCAGGAUCUGGGACCGCCAGACCUGAUCACUAUGACCAAAUAUAUACCGUCUGCGUCGACCUCGGGAUCCCAGUCUAAUAAUAAACGGACUUUGACGCCGGAACCUUCCUUGGGCAUUAAAACCCAGGACCUGCACACCCACGACAAACUUAAGGGUGAAAUAGGCACUUUUUUGUACUGUGCCGGUGCAGACACCUCAGACCCAACGUCAAUUGCCGUUUAUCUCAAAACGCUGGCGGACGUAAUAUCAGAGGAACCGCAGAUCUGGUUUGGCAAGCACAGACAGUACAAAGUGGCGAGAAUCACGUAUUCGGCCUGGAAUGCAUUCAGAAAGUGUGAUGUACGAGUCGUCGUUCACAUACCGGGAGCCGUCCAAUCGUACUUGCUUGAUGCCAGCGGCGAGAUACUGCAAAUUGGCGAAGAUGAUGGGAAUAUGCUCUGGGCUGAGACGUUUGCCAGCGGCAUUGUGCGGAGCAUAACGAUGGUGACUGACAAUAAGGAGGAAGGUGAGGUUAACAGUGUCGUGGAAACCCGGAUUUUGAACCCGCUAAUGUCAGGCGAGAUCGGCGAUGUGGCUGAAACUUUUAUCAAACUUUUCCCACUGGUUUACGCCAAGGGCCCCACGUUAGGCGGGCCCUGUGAUGUUUCCGUUGUGUCUAAAACAAACAAUUACUUGUGUGAGACCCUCGUUAACGUUACAAGGCUUGCUCAAAACUUCGAUCUAGCUCACUCUGUGCUCGCCGAUAUGCUCCCACUACAUCCAGAAAUUGUCGUCUUACUCGCGCGCAUCUUGUUCGAGGGAGAUCGCGAAAUUGAGGCCAUAAAGGCCAUUCACGACGAUCUUGAAGCACAGGGCACCUCAAUUGCUGACUACCGGUCAGAGCUGUUGUGCGUGCAAGCGAAAUUUCUACUCACUCGGAAACGGGAUUGCAAAGCGGCUCGGAGUGUGGCGGAAACAGCGGUUAAUUGUUCGCCCAGUGAAUUCAGACCUUGGCAUUUACUGGUGAGCAGUUACAUUGGUCUCAACGAUGUAGAAAACGCUCUAUUGACGCUAAACGCAUCUCCAAUGACUCCACUCAAGGAGAAAUUCGUUUUCAAAAGAGUCGUUCCCGUGGCGCAGGACUCUCCAAACCUACAUUUGCCAUUACCCGUAGACGUAAUUCUGGAUGAAGUAACGGGACUCAGCUCUCAGGAUGUGAUAAACGAGCAUAGAGCAGUAGACGCAAGCUUGAUCAACUUACCUGCUGCAAACCUCAAGUCCACGUUCCAAAUUGCCUACAAGUUUUUGACGGAAAUCGUGCAGAAAACUGGGUGGGAAGCACUACUCAAAUACAGAUCUAAAUUGUUUGUGAUGGAGGAAGAAUACCAAGUUGCGUCGACUCCCCCUUCGGAAUCAGACGGGUCCAAAAACCCGGCUGACGGGUUCCGCUCUAAGAGACUUUGUGAAAGAUGGCUUGAUAACUUAUUCAUGCUGCUGUAUGAAGAUUUGAAAACCUACACGCUGUGGCAGGCCGAACAAUUGCACUUUGAGGCCCAAAAUACGCGGUACACGAAAUCUACCUUGGAGUGGGAAUUGCUCGGUUUGUGUGCCUAUCGUCUCGGACAUUACCGAGAAGCUGCUGUUGCAUUCGAUCGGGGCCUUGCCCAGCGGUUUUCGGCACAGAGCUCUCGUAAAUUGUUGCACAUCUAUUUACUCCAGCGUGAAACCGUGAAAAAUUCGACAGAACUGUCGUCAUCGCAAUUACUCACGGCUCUGCGUGAUCUGGAUAACAGCAUCAUCGAUCUUUGCGUAAGACUUUGUUGCUGGAACCAUCGUUGGUACUGUGAAUUUUCCGUGAUCUUGCUUGAUGCAAUGAGCGUCGUAGUACAGGACCUCGGUCUCACCAAACUUUCGAACGAGAUUGCCUCAAGAUUCCCACAAUCGGUUGUCGAUCUGGCUCAGAGAAAUCUGCUAGACUUCUUCGCUAAUUACACACACGGCGAUUACGAUAAAUAG